AUGAAACAAAGGACACGCCAAAUGCUUAACGGAGAUGACUUGGUUGGUCAUAACAUCAAUAUGAAUAGGUCAAACGAUUCGAUCAACAGUGAAAUACAACUACACAGAAUAAAACCACAGGACCACUUUAUUGAAGCACAGAUACAGGAAGGAGAUACGUUACAAGCUAUUGCUUUACGAUUUCAUUGUUCGAUUUCAGAAUUAAAGAGAAUGAACCAUAUACACAAGGAUAAUGAAAUAUUUGCAAGAAGGACGUUAAAAGUGCCUGUAACACCUUAUUCAGUACUAACGGAACUUAUACCUACUUCGCAAGAACCUCAGCCUGGACCAUCAACAUCAAACCAAGCACUGCCCCAUAUUAAUAUACAUAAUCUACUACACAAUACUACUUCCAAUGAAUUAGCUAAUGAGUCAUUAAAAGAUGGGAAUAAAAAUACAGAUAUUAAAGAAAAUGAGUGUUCGAUAGACUGUAAUGCAGUUGUGCUAAAUAGUACAUUAGCUCCAUCCGUGAUUCCAUAUACAGAUUCUGAACAAAAUGAAGCAGUUUCGGAGGACACUCAGUUAUUGCCAAAUAAACCAAAGAUAUCUGUAGAGGCAGUUGUUGUCAAAGAGUUGACAUCACAUGGUGCUGAUUUUGGAUUAAAAUGGUUUCAUUUGGUAUGCUGUAUGCUUAUCCUUGGUGUUGUGAUACCUUUAGUGUAUGUCAUGUUUUAUUUGGAUAAACAUGAACAUUCUGAUGUUCCACCUUUACAUCCAACAUGA